GGGUGUGGGGGAGAGUGAAGCGCGUCCUGGGAAACCGCCAUCCCCCUUGCUGUGCCUGUGCCUGGUGCAGCCGCCCGUGUCUGGCUCCGCUCAGGGGGGUUUGGUCUGCGGGGGCUGCUCCGGGCUGAGCUGAGGGAAGCCCCUCGCUGGCCCCGCGGGGAGGUGGAGACGCGGGUGGAUUUAAGACUGUCGUGAUAACUUCGUUUCGCGGUGACGCUUCUGUUUCCUUGGCCGCACAGGACACGCCCCGCGCUUGAUCUUUAGCACUUGCCUGGCCCGCUGGUCUGUCCAUGGCGCACAUCACCAUCAACCAGUAUUUGCAGCAGGUUCUGGAAGCCAUUGAUUCCAGAGAUGGACUGUUUUGUGCAGAAUUGGUGUCAUUUAAGCAUCCUCAUGUUGCAAACCCCAGGCUUCAGCUUCCAUCUCCAGAAGACAAAUGUCAACAAGUUCUGGAGCCACCAUACGAUGAAAUGUUUGCUGCUCACUUAAGGUCAUUUUACUUCACGGGUCACUUUGUAAAUUGUGUGUUGUGUUCUCCUAAAUAUAACACAUCAUUCCUGCGAGCAUUUCAAGCACAUAAAGAAGAAAACUGGGCUUUGCCUAUUAUGUAUGCUGUAGCACUUGACCUUCGAAUUUUUGCUAAUAAUGCCGAUCAACAGCUGGUGAAGAAAGGGAAAAGCAAAGUUGGUGACAUGUUGGAAAAAGCAGCAGAAUUGCUGAUGAGCUGUUUUCGCGUCUGUGCCAGUGACACUCGAGCUGGCAUUGAUGACUCCAAAAAGUGGGGCAUGUUGUUUCUGGUGAAUCAGCUGUUUAAAAUCUAUUUUAAGAUUAACAAACUUCAUCUAUGUAAACCAUUAAUUAGAGCUAUUGACAGCUCAAAUCUGAAAGAUGAGUACAGCAUGGCACAGAGAGUUACGUUCAAAUACUACGUUGGACGCAAGGCGAUGUUUGACAGUGAUUUUAAGCAAGCUGAAGAGUAUCUGUCAUUCGCCUUUGAGCACUGUCACCGUUCAAGUCAGAAAAACAAAAGGAUGAUUUUGAUUUACCUUUUGCCAGUAAAAAUGUUAUUGGGCCAUAUGCCAACAAUUCAGCUUUUGAAAAAGUAUGAGCUUAUGCAGUUUGCUGAAGUAACUAAGGCUGUGAGUGAAGGAAAUCUUCUGCUAUUGAAUGAUGCUCUGACAAAACACGAGACCUUCUUCAUUCGUUGUGGUAUCUUCCUGAUCCUUGAGAAGCUGAAAAUCAUCACCUACAGGAACCUGUUUAAGAAAGUAUAUUUGCUACUUAAAACCCAUCAGCUAUCUCUAGAUGCCUUUCUGGUUGCCCUGAAAUUCAUGCAGGUGGAAGAUGUUGAUAUUGAUGAAGUCCAGUGUAUUUUGGCUAAUCUUAUAUACAUGGGUCAUAUUAAAGGAUAUAUAUCUCAUCAACAUCAGAAGCUUGUGGUCAGUAAGCAGAACCCAUUCCCUCCACUUUCUACAGUGUGUUGAGUUUACUGCACCUUAGAUGGAGUAUUUAUAAGAGACUCUACUUGUCAAUGGAACUGUUUCUCAAAUCGCUCAGUGGAAACUGUUAAUGACCUAGUUAUGUUCAGUACUGGAAUACACAAAAACUGUUCAUGACUCCUUUCCCAGUGGGAUAGGGCCUGCCAGCUUGACCAAGCACAGAGAACAAAAUGCUUCCUUUUUAAAGUUAGUUUCUACAAACCCUGAAGUAUAGUGGCUGAAAAGAAACAAGAACAUUUGCAAAAUUUCAGCUACUCUUUAAAAAGCCUGCCUCACCUGUCUCAAAUGUCAUGUGUACUGACACCCCUUUAUAUUCCCAUAACUAUUUCUGUCCUUAUCUGUCAAAAGCAAGUGUCCAUCGGCGACACAAUCAUUCUUCAUAGGCAGAAACAAUGCUUUUAUUUCACCUGUUCUUGACUUAACUCCCAGUUAUGUGAAACUUUGUUUUUGUCAGUCAUCUUGGUUGGAUACAACGCUCUUCGAACCCUCUUUAAAAAUUAAGGACCCAUGCCUGAUAAGUGCUGCACCCCUGGAACCUCACUUCAAUUUCAAUAGGAUUUAUGAGUGUACAGGAGGGUGUGAGGUGUGGUUACCAAAGGCCCAAUUCUGAGCAGCAAUAGGUAACUGUACUUGUUAAAGUUUCCCUUUGAGGCAUAAGAAUUUAUUUAGGCAACCUAGUCCUACUCCAUUUUAAUUCUGAUUUUGUGGAAUAUUUCUGCCAGUAGGUCCAUUCUUUUAAAUGUUCUUUAUUUUUGCACAGCUUACCUAUUGUUCAUGCUGGUUGUUUUGUAAAAUAAUAAACCAAAUGUGAUAUUUUU